CGCUAAUUUUAGUCAGUCGGAAAUCAUCUUCGUACGUUAAAAAAUGGAUCGGUAGCUAAAAGAGAUAAUUUAAAGCGAAAAACGCAAAGAAAACGGCUUUUGUCCGCUAUUUCAGCGAUUUUUUUUGUGUUGUAAUCAGCAGAAAAUUUUUAACAACAGCUACAACGACCAAACACCACCAACAGUUAGUCCCAGGCAAUAACCAACAGCAAUUUUGCAAUAUUCUAUCAAAUUUUACUGCAACUACAACAACAGCAACCACUAUCAAAGCCCAAUAGAAAGCCCCCACAUAGGAAAGGUGAAACGCAAGAUUCAUUUAAAUUGAACAAAUAGAAGGAAUAUUCAAUUUUUUGCUCGCUUUUCCCGAUGUGAUGAGAAAAUCCAACAAUAACAACCACAAUUACCAACAACCGACCGACAACAGUGCAGCGCAGCCAACGCCAGCAGAGCAGCAGCUGCAGAACAGUGGCUAAAAAUUUUAUUGCCAAAUUAAAUUUUUCUUCAAACAUUUUUUCAUGCUGCUGCGCAAUUCGCAACGACGCCGACUGCAAUUACAGCAAUAUCAACUGCAGUAACUAGAAUUCAGAUCAUUUCUUGGCAGAGCAGCAGCAGAAAAAUCUUUUCAUCAGCCACCAUUUUGAAUGAGCGCAGCAACAACAACUAUCGCCGCAGCAGCAGAGAGAGCGAGAGCACGACGCAGCAGCGACGUUGACGUCAACGUUGUGUCUUAUUAGCGUCGAGUAAGAGCGGAGAGGAGGUGCAAGCCCAAGCAUUGCAGCUGUUAGACCGGAAAAAUAAAAAACAAAAAAAAACAGUGCGUGCAUUUGCUUGCUUGUGUGAUUGGAGCAGAGAGACUGUGUGAGUGCCAAUAAUUUAAGGGAAAAAGAAACCGAAGCGCCAAAAAUAAUGGUUGAACGCAUUUUGGAAGAGAAAAAUACCAGCACAGCUGCUGCUAAGGAGUUUGCGUCGCUGCGACGCAACACCGGCUGCGGCAGCAGCACCAGCAGCAGCGCAAUCAACAACGCUAGCGGCUCCGCAGACAGCGGCGUAGGCGGCAGCAAUGUCUCUUGCAGCAACACCGACAACAGCUGCAGCCAAAGUCAAUCAGACGGCCAGAAUGAGCUAACGCGCUACAGCAGCGAAGAUGUGUCCGGCAACGAGUCAAGCGAAGCGCCCAAUAUGACCGAAGUGGAGCGUCAGGCGGAGCUCAACCGGCACAAGGAGGAGAUGCAGAAGAAGAGGCGUAAAAAACGCAUCAGCUCCUCGCUGCACUCGUCAACAUUUCAGGAGCUGUAUAAGCUGACGGGCGAAAUACUGGGCGAGGGCGCUUAUGCAUCGGUGCAGACAUGUGUUAACAUUUACACCGAUCUGGAGUAUGCCGUGAAGGUUAUCGAUAAGAUACCGGGACAUGCGCGUGCGCGUGUCUUUCGCGAAGUGGAGACAUUCCAUCACUGUCAGGGACAUCCGGGCAUCUUGCAAUUGAUCGAAUUCUUCGAGGAUGAUGAGAAAUUCUAUUUGGUCUUUGAGAAAAUUAAUGGCGGCCCAUUGCUGACACGUAUCCAGGAGCAUAUCUGUUUUUCGGAGCAUGAGGCGGCGCAGAUCAUUAAAGAGAUUGCGUCCGGCUUAGAUUUUCUGCACAAGAAGGGCAUUGCUCAUCGUGAUCUCAAGCCAGAGAAUAUAUUGUGCGUAAAAACGGAUUCGUUGUGCCCAAUUAAAAUUUGUGAUUUCGAUUUGGGCUCUGGCAUUAAGUUCACCACGGACAUAUCAUCGCCAGCCGCCACGCCGCAGCUAAUGACACCAGUCGGCAGCGCCGAGUUUAUGGCGCCCGAAGUUGUCGAUCUGUUUGUCGGCGAGGCCAACUAUUAUGAUAAGCGCUGCGAUUUAUGGUCCUUGGGUGUUAUUGCGUACAUUUUGCUCUGUGGCUAUCCGCCAUUUUCAGGCAAUUGCGGCGAGGAUUGCGGCUGGAAUCGCGGUGAAAACUGUCGCACGUGCCAGGAGCUGCUUUUCGAGUCCAUUCAAGAGGGACGUUUUUCCUUUCCGGAAGCCGAGUGGCAUGCUGUGAGCGAUGAGGCCAAAGAUUUAAUUUGCCGUCUGCUAGUUAAGCAGGCAUCCAAGCGUCUCAGCGCCGAAGCGGUGCUCAAUCAUAAUUGGAUACGCAUGUGCGAACAGGAGCCACCAGUCAGCAAGCAGGCGGGUCGCCACAAGGCGCUUCAAACGCCCAAUAAUAUACGACGCAAUCAUCAGUCUGCGCGUGAGAUCUCGCAGUUUGCCGAGUCUGCAAUGGCCGUGAAGCGUGUGAUCCUGCAGCAUUUCUCGAUGCGCUACGAUUAUAUGAAGGAGCGCCCGAAUAUCUAUCAGCCGUCGCAGGCCUACAUGGAUGCGUAUAGCGAUGAGAAUUAUAAUCCAAAGCCGCCGGCUCAUUUCACACGCAGCCGCUCGCAGCGCAAGGCAACAGCAGCUGCUGCCGCCGCCUCCUCAUCGUCUAGUUAUGGCGGCCGCUUGUCUACGGCUCAGCGGAACGCCAGCAGCAGCCUCAGUCGUCAAUCUUCAAGGAAUGCCUCCGGCAUAUUCAAUAACAGUGGCGGCUUUAAGACGCUUAAUGUGCAUGAGGAGGACGACGAUGAUGAUGAGGCGCUGGAAGCUUUUGGACGCCUGGACGAAGGUGUCGAUGAUGAGUGGGCGCAGGCGACGCGUCGCUAUCAGGAGCAACGUGAGCUGCAACAGCAGCAGGAGAAACAUCACCAAACAGGCCAUGAUACUGGCAGCGAGGCUGAGGGCGACGAGAUGGAUGAUGAUGAAGAUUAUGAGCUGGGUGAGGAGGAGAGAGAAGGCGAGAACUAUCAGCACUAUAAGCAUUAUUGGCGCGAGCUGGACGAAGAUGAGGGCGAUGAUUAUCUUUAUGAGCAGCAGCAGCGCGUGGAUGACAUAGCUGAAGAAGAUGAGUACGACGAGGAGGAGGAGGAGGAAGAGGAAGAGGAGAAGGAGAAGGAGGAAGCCGACAAUCGAAAAGAAUUGAAAGCUAAAAUUGAUGAGAACGAAGAGGUAAAGGUAGUAGAGAAGGAGCCGAAAAUGGAGAAAGAGGAGGAGAAGAAGGAUAAGAUUAUUAUUGAUAAUAUGGAAAAAUCGAAGCAAAGCGAAUUUGCUACAACAACAACAAUGCGCAACAAUGCGCAGGAGAUAGAAAUGUUUAAGGAUGAGGCGAGGCAGAAGAACGAUGAUGUUGAUGGGGCUAAAAAGCAACAAGCAGCAUCAAGUGAUAUUAGUGCUACUACAAUCACCAACAGCAGCAGCAACAAAAAGCAACCAAUACCAGUUAAUGCAGCAGCAGCAACAACAACAACAACAACAGCAAUAACAACAACGCAAAUGAAUGGCAGCAACGGCGUUCAGCCAACUGGCAAUGAAAGCGAUAACGAUUAUGCUAACGAUUACGAUAAUGAUGAUGAUAAUGAUGAUUAUGUUAAACUAUUGGAUAGUAUUAGUGAUUUAAAUGAAAAGCUACCUGAAAUUUAUGAGACUGCAAAUAUUGUUGUCAACUCAGCGGCAGUGCCAGCAGCAACAACAACAACCACAACAGCAGCAGCAGCAGCAAGUGCAACAUGCCCACCAAAUGAUGAUAACAAUGUAAAUGAUACAAAAGUGCCGGCAACUGCAGCUGAGGGGACAACAAUGCGAACGACUUUUGGCAAACAACAACAACAACAACAACAGCAGCAGCAGCCAGAACAACAGCAACAACAGCAACAUCUGGCUGCUGGCAACAGCAACAAACAACAGCGAAAUGUUUACUUUUCAUUGGAUGCAUAUCAAAAUGACGAGGACGCCGACAUUGAUGAGGAGGAUGACGAUUACGAGGAUGAUGACGAUGAUGAUGAGCACGAGCUGAAGCUAACUGAAAAUGGUUUUAAGGCCACGCCGCCUGCCAUUUGCAACGCUUACACGCGCAAGCAACGGCAGCAGCAGCAACAGCGCUAUAUAGCACCACGGCCCGAACAGCGGCUAGAGAACUGGCGCUAUCGCAGCAGCCAUCAAUCGGAGCAGCCGCAGCAGCCUACACUUGUUGCCGCCGGCGGUUUUCGAAAAUAUCGUCCACCAUUUAGCACCGGCGGCGGUGGCGGUCACUAUGGCAAUCAGCAGCGCAACUAUUUGGGCAGCUUUUCGCACAGCGGCGGUGCCGCUGGCUACAAAGUGGCGCCAACCGCAGCACCACAGCCACCGCUGGCGGUAAAGCAACAGCCGCAGCAGCAGCGGCACAACAGCGCCGGGAGCAGCAGCGGCGGUUCGCCACCAUCCGAUGAGCAUUCGCCCGCCACGCAGAUACGCAACUGGCGUCAGGAUUGCGUCUAUGCGCCGAUGCGCAGCUGCGGCCUGAACCAGCCCAGAGGCAUGCAACGCGCCCAUCAACAGCAGCAGCAGCAUCCGCCUGGUCGCAUCGGUUCCGGGCGCUUUGCGCACUCAUCGAUGGUGCCGCCGCAUCUGUUGGAUGAGCCGCCCACAUUGGGCAUAGGUCUGUCGCCGCCCAGCGAGAGUCUGUUGCUGCAACGGCGCAUGCGGCAGCAGCAGCGACCCGGUGACUUGUCCGUAUACUGUGAGCCCGCCACGGCCAGUGGCUAAGACGGGCGCUGGAACAAUUGUAUCCACACAACAACAAGAGCAGCUGUGAGCAGGCGUCGGCUGCUUAAUGUUUGGCCCGAAAUUGUGGAAACUCUUGCGGCGUUUUGGCCAAAAAAAAAAAGAAGAAACAUGUUAAAUGUUUUCUUUUUUUCCCGUUUUUUUUUUUUUUGUUCCUUUUCUUUGUAUAAUUCUUUUUUUUUUAUAUACAAAUCACAAAACAACAAACAAACAAAAAUAGCAAACAGACUAUAAUUAUUCAUUUGCAAUACACAAUUUCUUGAAACUUUCUACAAUAACUGUUAACAGAAAGAAACUACUUGGAAUUCCAUCUUCAUUUAAUCCAAACUUUAAAAUUGUGUUGAUAAAAUCCUUAAGAAAUGAGCUGAAAGAAUACGAAGAAGAAGAGAAGCAAAGAGCGCCUUAAAAAAGCAAUCCAAACAACAAGCUGUUUGAUCUUGAAAGUAAACGAAAAAAAAACCAAACAGUCGUUCGAAAAAAAAAAACAAAAAACAAAAAAAAACAAAUAUAUAAACAAAACCUUUUUUUAUAAAAAAGAUUUAAAAAAGUGAAAAAAGAACAUGUAAUUAAUCGCUAUAAUUUUUUUAUUAUGAAAAUAAAAACAAAAACAUGAACGAAAAUUGUGUUUAAGCGAGUUAUACACACACACACACACAUACACACGCAUACAUACACCAACAACUAAACGUAGAAAAUAUUUCUAUUUUUGAAAAAAAAGAAAAUCCAGUUGCCACCAAAAAAAGAAUGUUAACUUUUUGUGCUUUUCUGUUGAGACUAGAAGAAGAAGCCGAAGUUAUUGCAUAUAAAUGUUUUCUUUUCUGUUUUUGGCCGAAAUAUAUAAAUUAUAAACAAAAUUUGUAAACAAUUAAGGAAAACCAAAAAAUGUACAACACGAACACACGAAAAGCCGUUGAAAUUUUUGACAAUUUUCAUUUCAAUUAACGAAAACUGUUACAAAAAGCAUGAAAAAAAAAGAAGAAAGAAAUCAUAACGAACAUUAAAGUUGAAGAACUGAGUUACAUUUUUGACGGGCUCUGAACAAAAGUUCGAGUCCCACACUUAAGCAUACAUGUACACAGACUUUGCCUUUGCCUAAUUGGACUUUUCCUAGAAUUCCUAGCUAUUUUAUACGCAAUUUGCUUAUUAUAUUUAUUUGGAAUAAUUAAAUGUAAUUAAACAAUUGCAUAUAAAAUAGCUGACUAUUGCUUUAAACUCCAUUCAGGCAAUUUUACUUAAUAUGCGCUUAACAUUCAUGUUAAAAAAAUAAAACAUCAAACAAAAAAAAAACAAAUUCCCAUUCCUUUAACAUGCAUGUUAAACGCGUAUUGAGUGUUCUAACAAAUUCUGAAAGGGCAUAUCCCAACACUUUUUUACCAACUAAAUUUCAACUUUUCCAACACUAAACACACACAUUUAUUAAAACAAAACAAAACAAAAAAAAAA